AGCGCUGGCUGGAAAUGUUAAUCCACNCAUCGCCUGCAUUCGCGACAAGGACCUAUACUCGUCGUCAAGCGCUCGGUCUGCCACNNAACCACUCCUCACACCCUUUCGCAAUGUCUGUCCCGAGCAGGAUCUUCUCGCAGGGCUUGCACAUGCGCCAGUCGACCCUACCGCCGCCCUUCCUCCUCCCGUCUCUCUUCACCUCUUCAUUCUCGACAACAAGCCCGGCAUCUGCUCGUCGUGACGGCAACAGAAACAGGGGUGUCUCUGCAAUUCGUCGCACUGGUCUUCGCCCUCGCCAGACCCUCUCCGUCAAGCCCGAAGACUUGCCCAAGCCCGUCACCGACAGCAAACAGCGUUCCCAGGUCGAUGUAGAUCCCGAUCACGGCCUAUGGGGCUUCUUCAACCGCGACAGAUAUCCUUUUGCAACCCCCGAUUAUGACAACAGCCACGGCCGAGCAUGGACAAUUGUGGAGUUGAGAGCGAAGGACUUUGAGGACUUGCACAAGUUGUGGUGGGUCUGUGUCCGGGAAAGGAACAGACUCUGUACCGAGAGACAUGAAAGAAAAAAAGCAGAUGCCGGCUACGGUGAUUGGGAGUCUGAAGAGAGAGAAAGCCAGCACGUUCUGACUGAGCGCUGGUACGCUUGGGAAGAUGCUCGCACACUUGCUGAGUCGGACCCCAGCGUCAACCUCUACUCCCAAGAAGGCGAGCCGUCGUACACGCCCGAGAAGGUGGAAUUCAUGGAGUACGAAGAGUCCCAAGAGUUCCAAUCAGCACAGCAAGACGAGCAAUUGCCUCUACCAGACGCUCAAUCACAAGUCAUGCCUGAGCAGGUCAAGGCACAGCAAGAGACGCGGGUG